UGGCGCGUGCAGCACACCGGAAGAAGGGACGCACUCCGCGCACGCGGCAGUGCAGAAGAAGAGUUCGCGAGUGCCGAGGCGCAUCGAGAUAAUCCUUGACACGGUCGCCGCGUCGUGUCCAGAUAAGUCGUCCCUCCUCCGUCCGCACUAUCGCGCGGGUUGCGAUACUCUCCUCCCGUGGACGAGAAUCCACACCGGGACACGCCACCAGAAUGACGGAGACGGAGAAUAUUUUCCUGUUCGUGCCGAAUAUUAUCGGUUUUGGCAGGGUGAUCCUGGCACUGAUCUCCUUCUACUUCAUGCCCACGAAUUACGUCGUCGCGUCAUGGUGUUACGUGGUCAGCUCGCUGUUGGACGCGAUAGACGGCCACGCGGCGAGGUACUACAACCAGAGCACGAAAUUCGGCGCGAUCUUGGAUCAGCUGACCGAUCGGGUCGGUACGAUGUGCCUCACGGUCACGUUGUGCCUGUUCUACCCCGCCUACACCUUCUGGUUUCAGUUGAGCAUGGCUAUCGACAUUGCCUGCCACUGGAUAUACUUGCACACAACGCUCUUGCAAGGGAAGACGAGUCACAAGUUCAUCGACAUGUCGGAGAAUCCGAUCAUGAGGCUGUACUACACGAAUCGCAUCGUGCUGUUCUUCAUGUGCGCCGGAAACGAGGCGUUCUACGCCGGUCUGUACCUCCUGCACUUCACCGAGGGACCCAUUUUGGCCGGUGUGGGAUUGUACAGACUGAUCGUGUACCUGAGCGCCCCAGUGGCGCUGGUUAAAGCCGCAAUCUCCCUGCUGCACGGAUACGUGUCGUGCAUCAACCUCAGCAUCAUCGACGUGAAAGAGCGCCAGGAGCGGCUCAAAGCGAAUUAAGUACGAGUUACACUCGACGUACAUACUCGUCGACCUACUAGUCAGGUUGAAUGUGAUUUUACCGAUCUUCCUGUCCCGCAAACACGUGUUUGCGCACGCACGUUUACGCGUUUUUAUCCAAAAUCUAUUUUUAAGGAGCGCUUUAUCGUGCGUAAAGAUGCGUGAUCGUGCGAAAUAUCUGACUCGACGCGUAUGUUUAAUGUGUAGGAAAUACCGUUUCCCUGAAAAUAGUCAAAUUCCUAUAUCAUGGUGUAUAAUUUUGCAAGAGAAAAAAAGCGAGGAGCUUCUAUUCUUGAAACACUGUGUCAGUGAUGAUGAAACUAGUUCAUCGUUCGUUGUAUAAUAUUCCAAAGCAUUUAUUAUGUCGGACCAAUGAGUUCUUAAGGUACUUUUUAUUUUCAACAUUCGCAAUUAGUUGCCCUUAUUAUUAUAAAUACUCCAAGUUCCAACAGCGCGGUGAUCUCUCUAUGUUUAAUAUAUUUUUUUUAAAUAUUCUUUUAAUAGCGACAAACCAAGAAACGUGACCUGAUAUACCUAUAUUAGCAUCACAGAACCUCAUGUUAAUGUAUGUUGUAUGUCCAAUUUUAUGCAAAUGGUAGACAAUGCGUUGAAUAAAAUAUAUGGUUUAAGAAUCUC